AUGUCAUACUAUAAAUAUUUGUUCAAAUAUAUUAUAAUUGGUGAUACUGGAGUUGGGAAAAGCUGCCUCCUUUUAAGAUUCACCGACAAACGAUUUAAACCUGAUCAUGAUCUCACAAUUGGAGUUGAAUUUGGAACAAGAUUUAUCACUGUACAAGGAGAGCAAAUAAAGUUGCAAAUUUGGGACACGGCCGGUCAGGAAUCGUUUCGUUCAAUCACAAGGUCUUAUUACCGUGGUGCCGCCGGAGCCUUAUUAGUUUUUGAUAUUUCAAGGAGGUCCACAUUUGAUCACUUGACUAAAUGGCUUGAGGAGGUUAGGGACCACGGAUCGCCUACCAUGACAAUUAUACUAAUUGGAAAUAAAACAGAUGUUGCCACUAGAGAAGUAGAAUACCAUGAAGGGAAGCAGUUUGCCGAACAAAACGAUUUGAUAUAUAUGGAAACGUCGGCAAAAGGAGAUUAUAAUGUCGAAGCAGCUUUUUUAACAACCGCUGAAAUGAUAUAUGAAAACGUUAAAAAUGGCUUAUUUGACAUAGAAUCAGGGGUUCAAGGUGUUAAGAGGGGUCCUAUUACUAUAAGCCAGAGAAGGCCUGUGCCAUUUCGUGAUGGUGCUGGAUCAUUCAACAUACAUUGUUGCCCUAACCGAUGA